GUAACGUGCUGCGAUGUUGACGGGUAUUCCUCAUGUAUUGUUAAUUCUGGCGUUACGUGAAUACCUUUUGAUGAAUAGCUAUAUUCCAUUUCGUAUAGCCUACAUUGUAAGUGCAGAUUUGUAGUAUUCAUUUACAUCUACGAAUAGCUGACAUCGGUUAGGCUGUGUGCGGAGUGCAGUAUGGUGUAGGUUCUGAGCAUCACACCAUACCUCCCAAGAGCUUCUGUGUAGAGAGUAACAAGUGAGUAUGUUCUGGAGGAAUGGGCACAGUCUUUGCCAAGGUUCGUCGCUGGUGGGAACUUGGGUCUGAAGUAUGUGCAAGAAUGGUGUUUCAGUGUGCAAAAAUGGGUGUGGAGACAACAGAAGAGCCAAGAGAGACUGACAAUAGAGAGGGAGAUAAUUCUGAGAGUGACCAGUACGAUUUUGCUCCUGAGCAUCCAACCGUAGACUCACAAGGAUUUGAACCUCGGGAAUUUUAUACUGAUCCACAGACCUCGGGACCUAGAGAACACCACACAGAACAGCAGACUGAAACUUUUAUUGAACAGCAGAGUUCUGAACCUGACCAUGCUGAACCUGUGCUAACUAACAGUGAAGACAUUUUUGAACCAAGAGAGGAGAUUUUUGAACCGCUAGUGCAUAAUACUGAAGAACAGCUUUUCCAUUGUGAACAACAAAGUAUUGCCUUUGAACGACAGAGAGAUCAGCAGCAGCCUCAGGAGGAAGAGGGCCCGAAGAACACAGAGCAGUUCCACACUCCUCCUAAAGAACAGAAAGGCGAACGAAGAACAACUGAAAUAAUGGAAGGUGAGAUGGCUGUUCAAACUCAGUCCCCGAUUCCCACUAUGGAAGAGCUGAAAAUCUCAGAGCCAAUGGAGGAUCAAGGACAGAUGACUAUGCCCAGGGUACCAGAGUUGUCUGGACAAGGGGAGACAACUCAGAGCCUGGAAGAUUUAAGCAGUGGAGGGUCAGAAGGAAUAAAUGGCAGUGAGGCUGGCAAUGGCAUCAGCGACAAUGACCAGUCUACACCUUCAUCGACAGGAAAUCCGGGAGGUGGUACAACAGCAGAGAUCACACCAACAACAACGGCAGCCAAGGACUCAUCCAGCAAAUCAUUAGGAGGAAAGAGCAAACGUAAGGAGGAUAAGGCAAUAGAGCAUAUAUUAAAAGCUCUAAACAGCCUAGAUACAACAGAGGAGAAGCUGGCAGCCUUGUGUAAGAAGUAUGCAGACUUACAUGAAGAACACAGGUUACAACAGUCCACCUUCAAACAGACACAGAAAAAACUACAAGUGACAACUCGAGAAAAGGACCAGCUUCAGUCAGAACAUAACAAGGCAGUCAUGGCCAAGGGCAAGCUUGAGAGUCUGUGUAGAGAACUGCAGAAACAUAACAAACUGAUCAAAGAAGAAAGCCUAGCCAGAGCUCGAGAAGAAGAGGAGAGAAGAAAAGAGGUGUCUGCCAAAUUUCAGAGCACAAUAGCUGAAAUUCAAACCCAGAUGCAGGAAAACCAUGAACGGAACAUAAAACUCAAAGAAGAAAAUAUAGAAUUGGGUCAUAAGCUCAAAAGUCUUGUGGAACAGUACGAGGCUCGAGAAGAGCAUAUUGAAAAGCUGAUGAAACACAAAGAUCUGGAGAACCAGCUACAUGAAGCCAAAAUGCAACAAGCUCAGUGUUUGUUAGCAAAGGAACAAGAACAGAAUCGCAAAGAAAGAGAAAUGGUGCUACUGACUAUGACAGAGACAAAGAAGAAAUCGGACCUCCAUGAAGCUCAGGAGAAACAGCUCCGCUCUCAGCUUGCCAUGUAUACAGAAAAAUAUGAUGAUUUUCAGUCGACUCUCAACAAGAGCAAUGAAGUCUUAGGAAAGUUUAAAACUGAGAUGGAUAAGAUGACAAAGAGGAUCAAGAAACUGGAGAAGGAGACAGCUAUGUGGCGAGGAAAAUGGGAGGCCAGUAACAAGGCUCUGUUAGAAAUGGCAGAGGAGAAACAAAAACACGAUAAAGAGAAGACUGUGUUUAGGGCAAAGAUUGACAAGCUGGAAUCGCUGUGUCGAGCUCUUCAAGACGAGAGACGAGGGAAGGUUACAGAAGGAGUACCAGAAGUUAAACUUGAGCCUUCAGUGACUGAGAAAGAGAAGACGUUUGAUCCGACUAAGACACCCCGAACACACCAGACGCCCCGUCUCGUACCAGUCCCGAGACUGUACAGGGUGCUGCAGGUGGGCAGGGAAAUGGACAGGCAGAGUCAGGAGAAGUAGGAGAGGCCAAUACAGCCCCUGAUCAGCAUGGCAGUGCUCAAGUCAGCCAGUCAACAGAUCAAGAACAAGCAGUAAUUCCUCCUCCAGCCACAGAAGAACCUCAACAACAAGUAUUAGCUAACCAAUCAGAUGUUAGUGGUGCUGCUCAGUUGAGCCAAUCAGAUUCAGGCUUGAGUCCAUCAACCAGCCAGUCAAAUGAUACUGCUGCUGCCCCAGCAAACCAAUCAGAUCCGCCAGCUACUGAUCCAAUAGGAGAUCAGCCUAAUUAACUACAGUGGUACCUUUGCAUGCGAGUGUGGAUUCCUUAAUUUAAAUUGCAUCUUUACAUUUUUGUUGUCCUUUUCAUUAUUUGUUCCCUUUCUUGUUUUUUU